AGCCCUGCAAGCGCAGCUGCCGCCGCCCGUCACCAGCACCGCUAAUUUUUUUUUUUCCCACCGCUAGAUCUCACCUAGUUUAACUUUGCAAGAUCAAGAUAUGAUAUUGGCUUCUCUUUCGGUCGAUAGUAGCACUCGACAGUGAGCGAUCGAUGUCCGUCGCCGCCCACUCCAACGGACGCAAGCAGGUGGGGAGGGUGGCGGUGGCGGCGUUGGGCAUCGCAGGGCUGCUGUCCCUCUUCCUCUCCGCCUCAUCCGGCCUGCAGCAGAGGCUGCUGCGCUGCCCCAAGGCCUGCUUCUUCUUCUCUGCGGCCUCCUCUUCCAUCCCGACCGCCACCACCGCCGAGGACCCUCAACCUCGUCUCCUAUUUCACAGCCAAAGAAGAGGGGGACGGCGGAUGGGGGAGAACAUCGUCGAUAACGACACCACCACGACCUCCUCCCGUUGGAAGAUAGUGAAGGAGGAGUUCACCUUCCCCGCCGGCACUGCCCCUUUCAAUAGUUGCCAUGCUUCCACCAUAGUCCAGGUCGGCAAGGAUAAUUUCUUGGCGGCCUACUUUGGGGGCACACGGGAAGGGGCUCCAGAUGUCAAGAUUUGGCUGCAGAGAUACACUGAUGGAUUCUGGCAUCCUCCAUCAGUUGUGGAUGAAGAAUCCGAGGUGCCCAUGUGGAACCCUGUUCUGUUUCGGCUUCCCUCCAGCGAGCUGCUCCUCUUCUACAAAGUUGGCCAGGACGUUCAAAAAUGGAGUGGUUGCAUGAAGCGCUCGCUCGAUAGCGGCAUUACUUGGUCGGACAGAGAACAGCUUCCACCUGGAAUUCUUGGCCCGAUCAAGAACAAGCCUCUCUUGCUGGACGGCGGCCGCCUGCUCUGUGGAUCCUCUGUGGAAAGUUGGAACUCUUGGGGAGCUUGGUUGGAGGUUACGAAGGAUGGUGGCCGGUCAUGGAGGAAAUAUGGGCCUAUCUACAUUGAAGAUGAAACCCUCGGUGUGAUUCAGCCUGUCCCAUACAAGACUGCCAAGGGGACUCUGCGCAUGCUGCUGCGGUCGUUUGAAACCGUAGGCUGGAUUUGUAUGUCCGAAUCAGUUGAUGGGGGCUUGACAUGGAGCUAUGCAACACCUACACAACUUCCUAAUCCGAAUUCAGGCAUUGAUGGAGUUAAGCUGAAGGAUGGGCGGCUCUUACUAGUAUAUAAUACCAUUUCAAGAGGGGUGCUGAAGGUUGCCUCCUCCAUGGAUGAUGGUGAUACCUGGGAUGAAAUAAUGACACUGGAGGAGAAUGCGGGAAUGGAAUUUUCAUAUCCAGCAGUGAUCCAGAGCACAGAUGGCCUCAUACAUGUCACUUACACCUACAAUAGGAAACAGAUCAAGCAUGUCAUCCUCCAGCCCAGAUAUCAUGAUUGUUCACGGCUACAAUCUGAAUGCAUCUCUCCGUCCGAUUCUUGACAUUUUCUGAAGAAUUAACCACUGACUCGGUCCCAGAUUUCAACCAGCAUGGAUAUGCUACUAGAACUCAAAAUAAAUCAUCAGAUGGGGAGAAAAGGGGUACAGACGAGGCCAUACACCAUGGACAGCAGAAAUUUGUUUAAAAAGGAACUGAAGACGCAAGCAAGCGACACAUGGUAUUGCAUGGUAGGGGCUUUGUGCUGUACAAUGAACAAAAGUAAUGUAUUUUGUGAAGACAACCAAUUUAAGUCAUCUUGGGUUCUCAUUCUCAGUUGUUUCUGCUCUUCAAUUUCUAAAAGAGAAGCAUCCUUAUGUAUCAAUAGCUGCUGCAGCAUGAAGAUGUAAUUCUUCAAAAAAUUAUGAAGCUAUUAAGCAGGUACAAUAUGUUAACUAUUCUAAGCUGCAGUUUGUGAAGGGCAAAGAGACAAAUGGUGCACCUUGUAAUAUGUCCUCUCCGCUGGCCUUGGGAUAAAUUGUGGCAGGGCUUGUCACUGCAAAAAUCCACCCUCCUUGUGGAUAGCUAUAGUGUUCCUGUCACAGGACCUGGUGAAAUGGACAAAUGAAAAGCAUAUACUUUUUUAAAUGUUA